GCGCCGUCGCCGUCCGAAGUGGCUCAACGCGAUCAGGUGUAAGCGCACUGGCCAGUCAUGAUGGCCAGAAGGCUGCUGCUGCUGGCUCUGCUGUGCCUCUGCUUUUACAUGCUAGUCCUGUUGCGAUCGCUGUCCAGCGCUGUGGAUGGUCGUCGUAGAGAAGCGCCAUCUGCACACUUCGAAUACAACAAGGCGGCGUCACGACAACAGCCAGAUCACCACCAAACAGCGGCACCGAAAGACGCCGGCCCGCACCUGGCAACGCCACCUAUAACUCAGAGCCAGCACAGAGUACCAGCACCUGUCGGUCAGAUCCUUCGGUCGGUAGCGCCACCUAUGGCCGCUGACCGCUCGCCCGAGGCUGGCCCGCUCCAGUUGUCCGCACGACAGCAAGGUUCGGGGGCCCAACGGCCUUCUGAGUCGGCGACGCCGUCCGCACAUGAGCUGUCGCUAGCCGCGCAGGCGGCGGGUCUCCAGAACACUGCGCAGCCGCCGAGCAUGCCGGCGGCCGCGCCGAAGCUCAAGCACAUCCUCUACUGGAACGAGUUCUACGGCUCCAUGGAGUUCACGUGGGGCGCUGGUCAGCGGCCGUUCAUCGACAACGGAUGCGAGGUCAACACCUGCUUCGGCACCAACGACCGCGAGCUGAUGCCCGUGGACGAGUAUGACGCCAUCCUGUUCCACGUGCAGACGCUGCCGUUCUUCGACUGGCCGCGCUCGCGCCAGCCGCACCAGCGCUACGUGUUCGUCACGCUCGAGUCGGCCCAGUACCUGACCAUAUGGCUGCAGGCCUACGAGAGUCUCUUCAACGUGACGCUGACCUACCGGCGCGACUCGGACUUCCCGUACCCGUACGGAGCCCUGGUGCCGGUGCUGCCGGAGCCGCCCACCAUUCGCAGGAACUACGCUCUCGGCAAGACGAAGCUGGUCGCCUGGUUCGUGUCGCACUGCCAGACAAUGAGCAGCCGCGAGUGGUACGUACACAUGCUGCGGAAGUACAUCCCGGUGGAUAUAUACGGUGCCUGCGGGACUCUCCAGUGCCCGCGCUCCGCCAAUCAAACCUGUCACAAUACGCUGCUUAACAAGGACUACAAGUUCUACUUGUCGUUCGAGAACAGCAUCUGCAACGAUUACGUCACAGAGAAGCUGUUCGACACACUGAAGUAUGACGUGGUGCCGAUCGUGCUCGGAGGCUCCAACUACUCCAGCUACGCCCCACCGGGAUCGUAUAUAGAGGCGAUGAAGUACAGCCCGAAAGAGCUGGCUGAGUACUUGCUAGAGCUGGACAAGAAUGAUGCACAGUACAACAAAUAUUUUGAGUGGAAGGGAAAGUACCGAAUAGCUCCUAAAGACGAUUUUAAGAAGUCAUCAUUCUGCGAUCUGUGCAAAUAUUUGCACAGCAACGAAACGAAAGUGUAUCACCAUCUGAAGGACUGGUGGACAAAAGGACAGUGCAAAAAAUUGAAACGGUCACGCUGAAGAAACUUUCCAGCCAUGAUGUCCUGAAAUUAGGUUUGGGAAAUUGGGUUUAGGGUUUUGGCAAAAUGGGGUUUGCCCUGAAUCUGAUAUCGGCACCGAGCUCUUCAAGCUGUGUAUUGUUAUGCUUUGAAGUAGCAGAAAUCGUGAUUGUGUACAUCAUAUGCUUGAAAUUAAUAAGUUAUGUGGUUGAAACGGUCUUGCGCCACUGCCAAUACUACCCCCUGCGUGCGGUGUCCUCAAUAGUUUAUCGAAACCAACAAAGAAUCGUCAGGCGCCAUACAAAUAUAACAAAACCUUCAAGGCUGUGGGGAAAUUUGUUCUCCCCAUCAUUUGUAUCAGGCACCGCUUAUGUGUAUCUUAUUAGCACACGAUUCUGAAGCAUUGUGAUAGAUGCCUUGCCGGAGUAACUUAGGAUCGUAAUAUGUACAACGCUAGCUUGUGGGAAAUUCUGCAACUUUUUCAACUGCAUAUAUAUAUAUAUA